AUGGGUGUCCCCUUCGAGGCCUUGCUUCCCUUUGGAAUCAUCAUCGGUUCCCUCACUGCUGGUGCUGGUGGUAUCUGGGCCGUUAAGUACUAUGCCAACGGCUGGAAGCAGCCGCGUUGGAACCUUGACCUGUGGGAUAGACAAAGUACGUGA